GCACGAGCACUUGUGGUAAAAAAAAACACACCGAACGCCUCGCCAUGGCGGACUCCGUCGACCCCGAGUCCCUGCAGAAGAUCAAGAUGAGGAAGAUGGCGUCCCGCGGGUCGAACCCCGCGCUCGAGCUCCUGUCGUCGAACCAGGCGAAAAACUCGCAGCUCACGUUCAAGGACGUCAAGUACUCCGUCGAGGAGCGCGUGGAGUUCACCGGGAACGUGCAAGACUUCGUCUCGCGGUCCAUCGCGAAGAAGCCGAUCAAGACGAUCCUCCACGGCAUCACCGGCAGCGUGAACAGCGGCGAGGUCCUCGCGAUCAUGGGCCCCUCCGGCGCGGGGAAGACGUGCCUCAUCGACCUCCUCACGCUCGAGAGCAAGAACGGGGACUCCGUCGGCGAGGUGCGACUCAACGGCGAGACGAUGAACAAAGACAUCUUCACGAAGUUCUGCGCGACGGUUCCGCAGCAGGACAAGCACUGGGCGUUCCUCACGUGCCGCGAGACGGUCGCGUUCGCCGCGGAUCUGUACUUGGACAUUCCCAAGGAGGAGAAGACCGCGCGCGUGGACGCCGUGCUCGCCACCAUGGGGCUCACGGGUUGCGCGGACACGAAAGUAGGGAACGCGUUCUUCUCCGGUCUGUCCGGGGGACAAAAGCGAAGGCUCUCCCUUGCCAUCGCACUGCUGUCGAACCCGCUCGUGCUGUUCCUGGACGAGCCGACGUCCGGGCUGGACGCCGCCGCCGCGGCGUCCAUCAUGAAGUUUUUGAAGGACCUCGCCGUCGCCGCGAACAUCGCCAUCGUGUGCACGAUCCACCAGCCCUCGUCCGCGGUGUACAACGGUUUCGACAGAGUCAUGCUUCUGUCCAAAGGCCGCAUCGCGUUCCUCGGCGCCGCCGCGGAGGCGCUGCCGUAUUUCAGAGAGAUUGGACAUCAGAUGCCGCCGAACACGAACCCCGCCGAAUUUAUGCUCGACCUCGUGAACGCGGAGUUCACGGACCCGGAGUCCGUGGACGAAGUCCUCGCGGAGUGGGCGAAGAAAGAGGCCAAGUCCGACGUGGACGCGACGCGGCGCGAGCCCGUCGUCGGCCUCCCAACGGACUACGUGCACUGCACGAACUGCGCGAGACAGGUCGCGACGCUCGUCCGGCGGCACGGAAAGCUCACGAUUCGCGACCCGUCGUUGUACAUCGGAAGGAUGGUCAUGUUCAUCAACGCGUGCGUGUUCUUCAGCAUCAUCUACAUCAAGGCGCGGGAUCGGAAACAAACCCAAGUUCUCGCGCGGUUGUGGCUCACACUGUGGCACAUCGGCGUCCCCGCGUCGCUCGGCGUCGUCGCCGUGCACACGUACAACGAAGAGUACUACGCGAUCAAACGCGAGGUGAAAAACGGGAUGCUCUCGCCGGUGUCGUACCUCUUGGCGAACUUCGUGAUUCAAGUCCCGCUGAUCAUCUUGAUGGCGAUGUGCGCGCUGAGCAUCUCGCUGUACGGCAUCGCGAACUACUACGGCGACAACUACUUCCAGUUCAUGCUCGUGUACGCGAUCAACUUGUGGGUGUACGAGAGAGUCGCGCAGCUCCUCUCGGUGUCUUUCGCGAACCCUCUGCUCGGAAUGCUCGUGUUCCUUCAGGUGUGGUUCGCGUCGUUCUUGUUCAACGGCGUCCUCGUCGCGGAGGACGACGUCGUGUGGCCGUUCCGCGUCGGUUUCUCCAUCCUCCCGCUGAAGUGGUGCUUCCGUUCGUUGCUGUAUUUGGAGUACAGCGACACGACCUUCUCGGGCGCGGAGAUCGACGCCUCGGACUCGCGCGGGUUCACGUGCGGGGCCGAUAACAUCCUGCAGUGCUACGGGCGCACGGGGAAGCAGGUUCUGGACUCGCUCGGGGAUAACUACCAGAGCAUCAGCAGCGCUAACAACGUCGGGAAGGACGUCGGGAUCAUGCUCGCGAUCGGCGCGGUGUUCAUGCUGAUGCACAUCUACCUCCUCACGAAGAAGACGAAAGCGGUGAAGCUCGUGAAGUCGCCGCAGCCGUAAAUCUUCCUUUUCUUACGACGGCGUCGACCUUUGACACACGCGUUGAAUUAUUUGUCAAGUACGAAAGUACAUUACACGUGCGUUUAUUUCUAUAAAAGAACUACCGUCAUCAACUCACACCGCGCUCGACCAUCCCUCAGCACCGCUGGUACACGAACACGCUGCCGUCCUCGAGCUUCGAGAUGCGCAUCUCGUCGUCCAGGAACGUCACGUCGAGAAACGCCUCCGGCCCCGCCUCGCCGCCGCCGACGGUUUUCAUCGCGUCCUCCACGGGCACGGUGGUGCCGUUCAGGAAGUUGAGCGCCGGGAUGACGCUCGUGUCAUCCUGCCGCACCGUCGUCGUCUCCGCGACGACGGAGAACCGCGUCCCAUCGAGCGGCUCUAACCUCCCCUUCGUGAUCACCGAGCCGAAGCCGGAGAAGACGGGCGAGAAUCCGAGGAGCGGGAUCCCGAGCGACGCCUUCACGAUGCAGUCGCUCACGAGCGUCCCGGCGGCGACGUCGAUCGACUGCACGACGCGCCCGACGCCGCCGCCGAACAUCCCGGUCUGGUGCGAGUGCGCGGCGUAGAAGAAGUCCGCGGUCGAGCCCAUCAUCUUGCCGACGCCCCAGAAGAACGGCGACGAGCGGAACAGGUGCGUGUCGCUGUAGACGAGCUCCCAGUCGCCGGGUUCGCCGCGACGAGGGCGUCCACGAGCGCGGCCGCGGACGCCUUCUGCGCGGCCGUCGCGUCGAGGCCGCGGCCGGACGCGGCGGCGACCGCGACGAGCCGCUUCUUCG